AUGAACGAUGCAACCGAACCAAGGAUAACCAACUUCCGUCAGGGGGAACUGCGCGAAGACAACAUUCAAAAGUCGGUCUCCCUCUUACCAAAAAAAAAAACAUAG